CUGAAAGUUCCUUUAUAGUAGCAGCUGGGAAGAUUCAUAACUGAAGCUGCAUAUACUGCUCUAUAUAACACUCUUAUUACUACUAUUACUAUCUUAUUUCAGCAACAGAGCCUAUUGUGAGCCAGAGAAAAACGAGAAGAAAACAGAAAUUAUCUAUGUCUGACUUGGAGUUUCUUCUUUUUCUUGUUCCCCCAAUCUUGGCUGUACUUAUUAUUCUUAAUCUAUUCAAAAGAAAACAGAAAUUCCAAAAUCUCCCACCAGGAAACAUGGGUUGGCCUUUUCUUGGUGAAACCAUUGGCUAUUUGAAACCUUAUUCAGCUACUACUAUUGGAGAUUUCAUGCAACAUCACAUCUCAAGGUAUGGGAAAAUUUACAAGUCAAAUUUGUUUGGGGAACCGACAAUAGUCUCAGCAGAUGCAGGGCUGAACAGAUACAUUUUGCAAAAUGAAGGCAGAUUGUUUGAGUGUAGUUACCCAAGAAGUAUAGGUGGAAUUCUUGGAAAAUGGUCUAUGUUGGUUCAAGUUGGACAAAUGCAUAGAGAUAUGAGGAUGAUUUCUCUGAAUUUUUUAAGCAAUGCUAGGCUCAGGAAUCAACUUUUAAGGGAAGUUGAAAAGCAUACUCUGCUUGUUCUUGGUUCUUGGAAAGAGGAUUCUGUAGUUUGUGCUCAAGAUGAAGCAAAAAAGUUUACAUUCAACUUUAUGGCAGAACAUAUCAUGAGUUUAGAACCUGGAAAGUCAGAGACAGAGCAGCUGAAAAAAGAGUACAUUACAUUUAUGAAAGGAGUAGUUUCUGCUCCAUUGAAUUUUCCAGGAACAGCUUACAGAAGGGCUUUACAGUCUCGAUCGACAAUUCUUAAUUUUAUCGAGAGAAAAAUGGAGGAAAGGCUUAAAGAAAUGAUAGGAGACGAAAAAAGUGACCUACUUGGUUGGGUUCUGAAAAAUUCCAAUCUUUCAAAGGAACAAAUUCUUGAUUUGCUACUAAGUUUGCUCUUUGCUGGCCAUGAAACUUCAUCUGUAGCUAUAGCUCUUGCAAUUUACUUCUUGGAAAGUUGUCCUGCUGCUGUUCAACAGUUAACAGAAGAACACUUAGAGAUUUCCAGAGCCAAAAAGGAGUCAGGAGUCACAGAAUUGACUUGGGAUGACUAUAAGAAAAUGGAAUUCACACAAUGUGUUAUUAGUGAGACUCUAAGGCUUGGGAAUGUAGUAAGGUUUCUUCACAGGAAGGCUGUGAAAGAUGUUCGAUAUAAAGGUUAUGACAUUCCAUGUGGAUGGAAAGUACUACCAGUGAUUUCAGCAGUGCAUUUAGAUCCUUCACUUUUUGGCCGACCUCAGCACUUCGAUCCGUGGAGAUGGCAGGUAAAAUCGAAGACAUGUCAGAAUAUGUUCUUUUUCGUUUUCACCACGGUGGAGUUUUUAUCGAAGCUCCUAUCGCCAAAUACGUUAGUGAAAGUGAGGUAAAUGAGUUUCCUAUAGAUAAGGACCACUUAUCCUUGUUUGAGCUUGAGUAUUAUACGAGAAGUAUGGGGUAUGUUUCUGUUAGGGGCUUUUAUGUAUUUAACUCUAGGUCAGAAAAGUUUGUACUAAUUGAAAAUGAUGAAAAAUUGUAUAAUAUUGGUUGUCAAUGUAAAGAGGGGGUAUUAGACUUAUUUGUUUGUCAACUUAUUGAUGACCCUCUUGUGGAGGUGGUCCCAAUUGCUCUUAUCUGUGGGCCACAAGUGGUUGAAAAUGAGUCUAGGGCAACUUUAGAUGGUGAUUGAGCUGGUAUAAAUGCAGAACACUAUGCUGAACAUUCUGUGGAGGCUGUAGUAAAUACAACUACAGAAAACACUCAAGCUGAAAAUCUAGGGAGUUCUGGCUGGAUUAGAACUGAUAGUGACACUACACCAGGGAAGCACUUAUUUGUCUACUUUUAUGUAUGUUUUGAUGCUCUUAAAAGGGGAUGGUUAGAAGGGUGCAGGAGGAUCAUUGGUUUUGAUGGAUGCUUCUUGAAGGGGUUAUGUAAAGGUGAAUUGUUGGUAGUUGUUGGAAAAAAUGGGAACAAUCAAAUGUUUCCAAUAGCAUGGGCAGUUGUGGACCAAGAGACAAAACAUUCCUGGACUUGGUUCAUACAAUAUCUAGCUGUUGACUUGGAGCUAGGAGAUGAAACAAACUUAAUAGUAAUGUUAGAUA